UUCAAGGCCAAUCGUGAAGAAAAUCAAGGGGUAAAUGAGCAACAAGCAGUGGCAGAUGCCGAAGCUAUCAUUGCAGCUGGCGAAUCAAAAUGGGGCACCGAGGAAUCUGUUUUCAACACAGUCCUGAUAACAAGAAGUUACCAACAGUUGAGAGCUACCUUCUCCGAGUACGAAAGAUUGACUGGGAAAGACAUUGAAGCAACAAUCAAAAAGGAGUUUUCAGGAAGCAUUGAGAAAGGAUUGUUGGGAAUCGUAAAAUGCGUUAAGAGCAAAGUAGGAUACUUUGCAGAGCGUCUUCAUGAUGCUAUGGCUGGUUUGGGAACAAACGACAAGACAUUGAUCCGUAUUAUUGUAUCUAGAUCUGAAAUCGACUUGGCUGAUAUCAAACAAGCAUUUUUGGAUAAAUAUGGCAAAACUUUGGAAAGCUGGAUUACU